GGCAAAUAUCGCGAUAGCAGCCGUCAGACUUACUACGUAAUGUGCCGUGCUGCUUCUAGCGGCGCUGGUGACAGUGCUGAAAGCUGUUGGGUAUGAAGUGAAACGGGACUGAAUUUUUUGUACCAUCCGCAACUGCUUCAAAGUUCAGAUCACAAGAAAGAAACCGAAGAGAAACUUCCAAAACAAAAUAAGCAACGUUGCAACUCCCAAGACCCGUUGGAUCCAGGAUCAUUUCAAGGGUUUUAAACAACACAGGUAACCAAAUCCUGAAUUGAACAAAGACCGACAUCAGGCCAUUCUACACAAGCAGAAGAGAAGCAAUCCUAAACCCAAACCUAUUGUGAGAAGACAACAACUGAUCUGAAACCAGAAGUUUGUGCCUACUCAACAGCUUUGACAAAGCACACGUCCCAACGCUGCUCCUAGCUCUCAUCCUCAACACACCACCGACUCGACACCGGGGUGUGGAGUGAGCUUCUGUCUGCUAGCUUUUGUUUUUCCAUAACUCCCCACACUUUAACCCCCUCUCCUCGCCUACUGUUUUCACCCCCCCCCACCCCCCAAAAGUAGUGUUUUUGUACCCGUGUUUGUCUUUUUUUUGCGCUGCAUUUCUUCCUGAUUUUGCUUGAUGCAAGCAUCUACAACUUGUACCACAAGCCUGUAACAAGUGUGUGCGUGAGUGUUUGUGUGUUGGAUCGUGUUUGAAGAGAUCUGCAGAAGCUGAUUAGUCACCAAGAACCUGCAAAUUGCCUAUCAAGACAACAAUUAAAGACAUCCAGCGGUGUAUCAUUGGGUGGUUGCAUUAGAACUAUUUAUUACCAUCAAGCAAAAAAGGAAAAAAAAUACAUUAAAAACACUAAUCAAAAUCAGCAAAAGUGCUCAAGCAAGUGUGGUUUGAGUUUUUGGGAAAAUAUGGGCAGCCCCUGGAAAGGCUUUGUUGAAUUUACCAUGCCCGCGUCGCCACCCACUACGUUUGUUAGCGCUGACCUGAACAGCACCUCCCCUGUCGGACUCAGCCUGUCGCCAUAUGGCCGAUCUAUGAGUUUUGACCCAGGCAUGCUCCAUAACAAUGGGCACACUGCAUAUGCUAAUGGGACUGGUCCUGGCAUUAGAGAGAUGGGUGUGAUAGAGAAGCUUCUGACUUCGUAUGGUUUCAUCCAGUGCUCUGAACGUCAGGCACGUCUUUUUUUCCACUGUUCUCAAUACAAUGGUAACCUGCAGGACCUCAAAAUAGGAGAUGAUGUUGAAUUUGAGGUGUCCUCUGACAGGCGCACUGGCAAGCCCAUAGCAGUGAAGCUGCUAAAGAUUAAGCCAGAGGUGCUGCCAGAGGAGCGCAUUUCAGGCCAGGUGGGGCCAGACGUGCACGCCUAUCCCUUUACUGUGCUGCAUGGUUAUAUUCAUCCAGUUGUCUCCUCAAUUCCUGUAACUUUAGAUGGGAAGUCUGCUCCCAGCCAGGCGCCCACUGGAAGUGUAUGUUAUGAAAGAAAUGGGGAAGUGUUCUACCUUACCUACACUAGCGAUGACGUAGAGGGCAAUACCCGCCUGGACACUGGUGACAAAGUCAGCUUUUAUAUGGAGACCAACAAGCAUACUGGUGCAGUGAGCGCUCGUAAUAUUCAACUUGUGACAAAAAAGCAAAUGAGGUGCCAGGGUGUGGUGUGCGCUACAAAGGAGGCCUUUGGAUUCAUUGAAAGGGCUGAUGUGGUGAAGGAGAUCUUUUUUCACUACAGUGAAUUUAAGGGUGAUCUUGAGGCCCUGCAGGCGGGAGAUGAUGUUGAGUUCACAAUCAAAGACAGAAAUGGUAAAGAGGUUGCUACAGAAGUGAGACUUCUCCCCCAAGGAACUGUCAUCUUUGAGGAUAUAAGCAUUGAACAGUUUGAAGGAACAGUCGUCAAGGUCAUCCCGAAGGUUCCCACCAAAAACCAGAAUGACCCUCUCCCAGGCCGUAUAAGUACUCGGAUUGGAUUCACAGACAAAGAAAUGCCGUUUGGUGAAAAGGACACAAAGUCAAAGGUGACUCUUUUGGAGGGAGACCAUGUACACUUCAACAUUUCCACUGACCGCAGAGACAAGCUGGAGAGGGCUACCAACAUCGACAUCCUCCCAGACUCCUUUGAUAUCACGAAAGAGACUCGUGAAAUGGGGGUGAUUGCUGCUAUACGUGACGGCUUCGGCUUUAUUAAGUGUGUGGAUCGUGAUGCGCGGAUGUUCUUCCACUUUAGUGAAGUCCUGGAAGAGACCCAGCUGCACAUCUCUGAUGAAGUGGAGUUUACUGUUGUGCCCGAUAUGCUGUCUGCUCAGAGGAAUCAUGCAGUACGCAUCAAGAAGUUGGCUAAAGGCACAGUGUCCUUUCAUACCCAGUCUGAGCAGCGUUUUAUGGGUGUGGUGCAGAAGGAAGUUGUAUCAGCCAUGGCUAAAAAUGCCAGUCCCACCAAGGGCAAGGAGAAGGAACCGGAGGAUGGUGUGAUCGCAUAUGAAGACUGCGGAGUGAAACUUAUUGUGGCAUACCAUACAAAAGACCUGGAGGGAGCAUAUCGCCCGCAAGUUGGAGACAAGGUGGAGUUCUCGAUCAACGAAGUGAAAAGAAGCGGCCAGCAGAGCGCAGUUUCCAUUCGGGUCCUGAGCCGUAAUGCAAGUGGUGGCAAGAGACUGCAAGGCUUCAUCGCCACACUGAAAGAUAACUUUGGCUUCAUUGAGACUGCGAAUCACGACCAGGAGAUCUUCUUUCACUAUAGUGAAAUGUGCGGGGACUUGGAUAGUUUGGAGUUGGGUGACACUGUGGAGUAUACUCUCUCCAAGGGAAAAGGAAAUAAAGUCAGUGCUGAAAAGGUCACCAAAGUGGCUGCUGUGAAUGGCAUUGGAGAUGAUGUUGGCACCACAGUGAUGGUGGGGAAAGUCAUCCGUCCAAUACGCAGUGUGGACCCCUCUCAGACAGAAUAUCAAGGGCUUAUUGAGGUCAUCGAGGAAGGUGGAGGUAAAGGCCAGACUUAUCCCUUUGGAAUCAUGGGUAUGGCUAACAAGAUCGACUGUCUGCAAAAAGGAGAACAGGUGAAGUUUCAAGCUUGCACAAUAUCCCAGACUGGACAGAAGAUGGCCUGUAAUGUGGUGCCCCAGCGUCGUGCCAUGGUGGAGUGUGUCAAAGACCAGUUUGGUUUCAUCACAUACGAAGUUGGUGAGAGCAAGAGGCUUUUCUUUCACGUCAAAGAAGUGCAGGAUGGCUUGGAACUCCAGACUGGGGACGAAGUGGAGUUCUCGGUAGUCUUCAAUCAACGGACAGGAAAAUGUAGUGCCUGCAACGUGCGCCGAGUCAGUGAGGGGCCAAAACCAGUGGUGACUCCACGUCCUGACCGUCUGGUCAACAGACUGAAGAGCAUCACUCUGGAUGACGCCAGUGCCCCACGUCUUGUCAUUGUUAGACAGCCGCGUGGUCCGGACAAUUCAAAGGGCUUCACUGUGGAGCGCAAGACUCGCCAGCCUGGUGUCAUUGACUGAGUAAUACUGUUUGGUGCUGGUAGGAGCAGACAGGGGGUCAGUUUGGGGGGAGACAAGUGAACCCGAUAUGUCAUGAUACACUUACAACCCAAAUCACACGCGCACAAUGCAGCAAUUGGCCCACAUAAUUCAUGGAGCCAUGGAUAAAUGUGGGGUAAGUUUCCCCCACCCCGCCUCCCACUAUAUGAUGUUCUUGAUGAGUGCACAUAAGAUCUCUGAGCGUGUGCAUGUGUGAUGUAUCCUAGCUGUGAGUCAGGACAGGGCCUUGUCCCUCUAAAUCAGACUGUGUGGCCGUCUGUGCUCCCAAUAGUUUUGGAAUUAGCAUUGUCUGGAAUUCUGCACCUGUAAAAUGUGUCCACUUGUUCAGUUGGAAUGAAUGAGUGCGUGGGCAUGCGUGACUGCAUGUCUUUGAGUGUCUUUUCUAUAUAUUGUUUCCCUAUAUUGUUUGCUUCUUUACCCACAGACACUUGAAAUUGUUUCAUUGUAAGAUUUCUGCUACUGUAUGCUUUCCUACAAAAUGCAUAAAGCAAAGUUCCCUCCAUAAGGAGGAUCAUAUUUCUCAUGUGCGAGCUUCAACCGAGGAUUUUCCUCUGCUCGUUUUUUUGAGCAGUUUUUAAAUGCUUGACUUGAGAGCUUUUUGAAAGCAUGGAGUGCGUGCGUAUGUGUGUGAGUCUAAUGGGAUUUACUUUUACCAAUCUGGAGCCUUUAGAUACUUUUUUUGGUAUUCACAAGCUCCACUAAAGCAAUGUCUCCCAGGUGCAGAAUUCCUUGUGGCAUCUUAUAUCUGCAAUUCUUUCAUUUUUAUUUUAUUUUUUUUUUGCACACGUAAUUGCUUUUUCCAUUGAAACUCAAGUCUAUUAUGAAAAACAAGGUGCCUAAAAAAAAAAAAAAAAAAAAAAAAAAAAAACUAAAAGCAAAAUGAAGGGGGGUGGUGGGGCUUAAAGGUUUGUCUGGUUCCCAGCCAGCCACCAAUAUAAAGAACUAUCUGGAUGGCUUUCUUGUUUAGUAGAGAUAAUGAUAUGCAUCCCUAACCUGUGGGUUGAACAAUACUGUAUGUAAUGUGUGCUUUUUUUCUCUUAGUUAAAGUCAGACUUCAUAUAUCAGAGAACAAAUUUAUGGGGGAAAAGUAAGGUAUUAGAAACUAAGUUUAAAAAAAAAAAAAAAAAAAAAAAAAAAAAAAGGAAAAAAACAAUCAGGAUCAAUCAGUCUGCAGAGAUCACUGGGUUUCAGUUGAACCGCGUACAGAGGUUCCUGUGUAUGUUUGUUAAUGGUCUUGAAUGAAUAAACAAAUUUAAAGUUUUAUGAAAA